GCUACUGCCUGCCCUCUGGAAGAAGGAACGUGUUCUCCAGUUUCCACCUCUGCUUCUAACAGGAUGGGCAUCUGGGCCAUACCCACACUGGAGAAGCUGUCAAGGCAAGCUCUGCUGAGAAAUGAGGCCUUGGCCAUCUCUGCUCUGGGGAAGCUGCCCAUCAACCUCCUCCCAGCACUGUUUGAGGAGGCUUUCAGUAACCAAUGCAAUGGGAUCGUGAAGGCGAUGGUGGUAGCCUGGCCUUUCCCCUACCUCCGUGUGAAGGGCAUGAUGAACACCUUCGACACAGAGAUUUUUCAUGCUGUGCUGGAUGGACUGGAUGUCCUGCUGGCUCAGCAGGUUUGCCCCAUGAGAGGAAAACUUCGAGUACUCGAUUUUCAGAGGUUGCCCUGUGAGUUCAGGACCAUCCAGACUGGAACAGAGGAUGGGGUUUGCUCAGCAGAGACUGUGAGUGUGAAGCAAGCAGGGAAGCCCUCUCCUACACAUGAGCUGAGGCCGCUAAUCAAGGUGAGAAUUGACCUCUACUUCGGGUCCCGAAUGGAGAAAGCAGAAGUGUACUUCUUACAGUGGGCCCAGCAGAGAAAAGACUCCCUCCAGCUCUGCUGUGAGGACGUGAAGAUUGUGUUGCAGUCCCUAGAUAAUACUAGGACAUUUCUGAGUGUUUUCGAGCUAGAAUACAUCAAGGUGUUGGAACUCACUGUAGAUUGGAGCUGGCGCACUCUGGCACAAUUUUCUACCUACCUCCCGGAGAUGAGAAACCUUCACACAGUUUCCCUAGUGCAUAUCCAUUCGAACAUGUGUGAAGUUUGCUGUCAACCACGCUUAGAUGAGAUGAACUUUUUUCAAAAGUUCUUUUCUCAGUGUUCCGGACUCAGCGGUCUCCAGCAUCUUUAUCUGCGUGGCAUCUCUUUCUUCAGUGAGCACAUGAAACUCUUGCUCAGGAACCUGAAGACUCCCUUGGAAACCUUCUCUGUCACUCACUGUCAACUGUUCCAGUCACACUUGAAAGACUUUGAGCUGUGUCCAUCCCUUCAUCGACUAAAACAUCUGGACAUGAGUGGAGUCCUACUGUGCAAUGUCUCGAUUGUGCCUCUCAGUGUUCUCCUAGAGAUGGGAGCAGACAGUCUUGAGACUCUGGAAUUGCAGGGGUGUUGGAUAAAAGACUCUCAGUUCCGUGAUCUCCUUCCUGCCCUCAGCCAAUGCUCCCAGCUCACCAAGGUCAAUUUUUAUAGCAAUGACUUCUCCAUGAAUCUCUUGUGUGACCUUUUUCUCCACACAGCCAACAUGAGCAAGAUGACCAUGGAGCAGUACCCUGCCCCUCGGGAGUGCUAUGACCAGAAUUCCAUCCUGGUCAUACACACAUUUUCUCAACUUUGUUCUCAGCUCGUGGAUACGCUCAGGGCCAUAAGGCAGCCCAAGAGGAUAUGCUUUGCUACACAUGGCUGCGGGAGAUGUUUUCAACCCUUUGUGUAUGACCAGGUGACCAGACUUUGUCCCUGCUUGCGGUAAAGAGGGGGAAAGUUGCUUUUGGUCCUUGAAUUCUCAGGGUGGCUACAUAAAGGCCUUUGUGCAGAGCAAUGCAGACACCCACACCUUCUACAGCAGAGGUUUGGGGAUUUCUAGAGGUUUUUAAUCCUGGAUAGCAGUGCAGGAGGCACUGUGUGCAUGUCCAGUGGCAGGUGGGAGAGCAAUGCAGACCAAAUGGGAGGAGUUUAACCCAUUUGAAGAAAAUUUAUUUUUUUCUGUCACUUAAAAAAUAUUUGUAUUUAACUUGCUGCUUUUAAACUCUUAUGGGCUUACUUUACAUUGUUUCAGUUAUGCUUAUGUGGUGAGGAGGUACAUGCAAGUGCCAGAGGCAGAGGAACCCUAAACCAGUUACCUGGCAUGAUUGCUAGGAGCCAGAUUUGGUCUCUUGGAAGAGAAGCCAGGGCUCUACAGUGCUGACCCACCUCUCCAGCUCCUGGCCUUGACCUCUUAGUCCUCUCCUUCCCCCCCCCCCACCUCCUAAUUGCUGAGAUUGCGGAUCUGGACCACCUUGUCUAGGCUGAAUGCUUUAGGGCACCUAAAAGCUAGGUGGCCAGUGGUUUGUAAGUGUGCAGGAUGUGUUCCAAAGUUCUUCUACUGUCCUGAAGCCCUUACUGCAUCAGACAACUGUAUUUGCACUAU